AUGUUUAGUGAGUUAGUCGAAGGUAAUGAGAAUGAGUUUGGGGUUAUCGAAGGCAUUGGGGGUAAAACUGCUAUUAAAGGUAUUGGUACAGUACAACUAGGACAUGUCACAUUAUACAAUGUAGCAUAUGUCCCAAAUGGCCACGUAAACUUGAUCUCUGUCAAAAUGGCUUCUGCUAAGUUACCAGUAUCUAAUAAAAAAUAUUCUAUCCCUUACUGUCUUUGGAACAAUAUUCCAACAAAAAAUCUAAAUUUAUCACAUCUACGUAUAUUUGGAUGUGCUUUAUAUGCUACAUUACCUCAUCAAUUACAUGACGGAAAAUUUGCUCCUAUUAGUGUAAAGUGUGUGUUUGUCGGAUAUGACUCUAAACACAAAGCUUACCGUCUCUACCAUCCUCCCUCUAAGAAAAUUUUUGUAUCAAAUCAAGUUCGCUUUGAUGAACUUGAUUUCCCACUUGCAGGUACCAAAGAGGUCGAAGCGGCUCAUACAUUUGCCACUGGUACUUUGGGUGGUAUCCCAAUUUAUCCUUCAUCUACUGAUGCUUUCACAACUCAGUCUUCUGAAAUACAAACUUCAAACUAUUAUCCUGACACUACUGAUUAUCCUAUAUAUGAGGGCAAUUUAGAAAAUGAAUUAACCACCAUACAUGGUGAUGAACUUCUAGAUCAAGGUACUAGUCGAUACUCCACUCCGUAUCUAUCAUCUGCUGAUUCUGAUUCUUCUAUGUCCAGAGUUGAUUCAUCUGGCAAUGAUAAGCACGAAUAUGACUCUUCUUCCUCUGAUGAAUAUGAACUACCAUCUACUUCCUUCUCUUCUUCUCCUGUUUCUACGACUUCUGACUGUGAAAAUUUUACUUUCAACAACCUUGAUUCAUCUUCUAUAGACAAUGAGUCAACUGCCUCAUUCUCCUCACAUAAUUCUACUCAAAUAAACAAGAAGGAAGCAGACGAACCAUCAUCAAUUGCUUCAUCCUCUGAUACUGACUCUUCAACUACUCCAACAGCUGAUUCACUAACUACUCAACAAUUAACAUCUACCAUCGAUGAUAUCCACUCUGACACAUCUUCUCCUAAUUCACAAUCCAGAUCUUUGUCAAGUGAUAUUUCGCCAGUUUAUAACUUAGAAGACUUAGAUCCCCAUAAACCAUUAAAAAAUAGUAAAAUUGAAUUAGCUGACAACAUUUUUGCCCCUAUCACCACACAUGUCAGCAAGUUGAAUGGCCAAACAUCCUCAAUUGUUAAUCAUAACAAGUUAGGUCCUAUUCCUGCUUCUGAAUUCUACUUAAAUCAUCAAAUUGAGAAACACCAUCCAAAGUGGGAUUCUAAUCCAAUUAGUCCUGGUACAAUUGGUACUCCUGCUGUUGAGGCUGUUAAUAUUGACUCCGGCAGUUUUGUUCCUAUUAACUCCAUGGAUGGUCUCACCCAACUCAUUAGAACACCGGUAUACUCUUCUUCUUCAUCAUCUGGCUCUGAUGAUAAUCCUUCACAUCACAUAGCCUUGACUGCGUUGGUUCAUGGCAUGUCCUUUACUUCUACCACUACUUCUGUCCCAAAUACAUUCAACCAGGCAAUGAGUUCUUCAGAUAAAGACAAAUGGUAUCAAGCCUGUCUGAAAGAACUUCAAGCUUUUAAAGAUCAUGAUACAUAUAGGUUGACUCCUCUCCCUCCUGGUCGUCGUGCCUUGGGGUCUCGUUGGGUGUUUAACAUUAAGGACGGGAAUCGGUUUAAAGCUCGUUUAGUGGCUCAAGGACACACUCAAAAAGCUGGCAUCGACUAUCAAGAAACCUUUGCUCCUGUAGUGCGGUAUGAUUCUGUUCGGAUCUUUCUUGCUAUCUCUGUUCUCCUUAAUCUCCGUGUUCACCAAAUGGAUGUAGACACUGUCUUCUUAAAUUCCAAAAGGGAAGAACCAAUCUACGUUCAUCAACCUCCAGGCUUUGUUGAUUCUGUACAUCCCGAUUGCGUGUGGCAGCUUUACGGGGCAGGGUUAAAAGCAGUAUACUCCAUAAAAGAUUUAGGUCUAGUUUCCAAAUUUUUAAGAAUAAAUAUUCAUCAAGGUGACCUGAACAAUAUAACCUUAUCAAUGGAGGAGUAUACUACUAAGGCAACCGAAAGUUAUCAAAUUGACUUGAAUAGAAAUGUAGAAUUUCCAUUAUCCAAUACUAUUAAUUAUUUCGACACUGAAUUUCCAACAAUUGACAAUAUAAAUGAGUGA